AAAAGCAAAAUACAAUAUGUUGAACAUGUCGAUCCACCAAAACAAAAAGACGAAAAACAAAAAACAGAAGAAGAAAAAAAGACCAAAAAGGAUGAAAAAUAA